CGGUCGGGGUCGCGCCCGUCUGUAACCCGAGCGGGGGCCAACUCUUGGAAUUGUCGCACACCUGUGAGACCCCUGGUCUGCCACAUCGAUGACUCGUCCACUCCAAGCUGAGAGUCCGCAGCGGCAUCACCUCGGAAGGGGUGUUGACGUGGCGGUUAGAGAGGGGGGCACCGCGUGAGGCGGGAAACCGAGCAGCGAAAACCCCCCGCUCCCAGCGGUGGAGGGAUAGCGAGGCUGAGUGCGCGGCCGUGGUUUCCCUUGCAGGCUCGGGCCACGAGACCAUUCUCCCACACCCUUUUUCUCCCCGUCCUCCAUUCUCGUUUCUCCUUUCUGGACUUGACAUAUUUUUCCUGCCGCCCGCCUCUUUCCUCCAUGGGUAAUUGCCGCCCGCCUCUUUCCUCCAUGGGUAAUUGCCGCCCGCCUCUCUUGUUUCUGUGAGGGCGUUGCUGAAUUUGCACCCGCGCGGCGAUCGUUUUUUCGCUCGACGAGUCUACUCGUCACCAACCCAGGAGAAGGAUUCUCGGAUGCGCGUUUUCUCCUCGUCACCUACCGUAUACGUGUGUACGCCUACCGUGGUGCACCUUGCGCUAGUAUGCAGACUGCUCGACUUACACGCCGGCAGUGCACGUUACUCCAAUAAGGUCGCGCCAUGGUUACCCUAUCAACAUAGAGUCUGCUUAGCGCCCGCGCCGAAUGCUUGCCCGCGGCGCAGCACUGCACGCCCUUCCCCUCGUCUCCACCGCCGGGGCGCGCAUCGCGCUCCUCCGCGCGACGAUGAACGAGUUCCUGCGCUUUGCGCACGCGCGCGCGGAGACAGGGAGCAUCGCACUUGCAGGAGAAAGGGUAUACAGCAGGCGUGCACGCGGGGAGGAUAAACCUGCGAUUAUUGUGCAGUACGACGAGGAUUGUAACGCGGAUGAGAGAGAAACCGGGGGUGGGCAGGGGGCAAUGCGGGUGGCAAGAAGGAGGUCUGCCCGGCGACGAACGGAUGUGACUGUAAAGAGGGAAGCAGACGAGGUGGCUGCCAGGCAACAAGCAGGCGACGUGAUUGUGAAGAGAGAGGUCGUGACCCCUACUGAAGCUAGGGAACUAGGGGCUGGGAUUGUAAAGCGAGGUCCAGAGGAGGUGAAGAGAGAUGGAAAUGAUGUGACUGUAACGAGAGAUGCAGAGGGUGGGACUGUAAAGAGAGAAGCGGAAGACGUGAUUGUGAAGGAAGAGGAAUUGGGACACGUGGGAAUUGAGGCCUCUGUAGCAGCUGCUGGCAUGGCUGUAGCGGAGGCUGCUGGGGGUGGUGGCAGGGGCAGGAAGAAACGAAGGCAGCCGGCAGAGAGAGACGCGGAUAGUGGAGCAGGAGGGGGUGAAAUAGUUGUGGCCGGGCUGCCGAAAAGAUUCUCCGGCGGGCAGGUGAAAGGCGGGGAGCAGGGAAAUUGGCGGGAGGUGCUGACGGCAAUAAAGGCGAUGCGGGGGGGCGGGGAGGCGCCUGUGGAUACCAUGGGGUGCGAGAAGGCAGGGCAGGGCAUGGGGGAGAAGCAGCGGCGCUUUGCAGUGCUGGUGUCGGCCAUGCUGUCCUCGCAGACCAAAGACCCCGUCACACACGCCGCAGUGGCGCGGCUGCAGGCGGCGGGGCUGCUGUCAGCCGAAGCGAUGAAGGCAGCAACAGAAGCAAGCAUUGCCCAAACCAUCUACCCGGUGGGCUUCUACUCCCGCAAGGCAGGGUAUUUGAAGAAGAUGGCGAGCGCGUGUCUGGAGAAGCACGGAGGGGACAUUCCGGGCAGCCUGGAAGAUUUGCUUGCACUGACCGGGGUCGGCCCUAAGAUGGCGUACUUGGUGUUGAACGUGGCAUGGGAGCGCGUGGAGGGCAUCUGUGUGGACACACACGUGCACCGGAUAACACGCCGACUGGGAUGGACUGAUGCCAAGGCCAAGACUCCUGAAGACACACGCAUUUCUCUCCAGCAGUGGCUACCAAGAGAGGAGUGGCUGGGCAUCAACCCCCUCCUCGUGGGCUUCGGCCAAACCACCUGCUUGCCCAUCGGCCCCCGCUGCUCCUCCUGCCUCCUCGCCUCCCACUCGCUCUGCCCCUCCGCUGCCCUCCCCCGCCUCCCACCCCCUCCCACUCCUCCUCUUCCUCCUCCUGUCUCUUCUCGGCUUCCUCCCUCAAACCCACUUCCUGCUGCCGGCACGCCCCUUGCGCUCCCCCCUCCCCCGCCCUCGCCCCUCACUGGCCUCCCUUGCAGCACUGUACCCACCGCCACCCCCGUGCCAACCAAGCGUCUCACACCAGGCACAGAUUCACCUUCACCAGAUGGCCCCACCCCUGCACCCACUGUUGCCCCACCAUGCCUUGCUGCGCCUGAAAGCACCUCCUCGCCCUCCAAGUGCGCGCCGCGUUCACUGGACUGUUCCAAGCCGUUACCCACCGUGGCAGCCCCACUUUCGCUGGACCGUUUCAAGCAUGGUAGUGUCACAAGCACGGAUGCAGGAGAGGAAGAAGUGGCAGCAGGGGCAGAUGCUGGCCCCAGGCGCAGCCUUCGUUUUUCCAGAGCCCGAAAUGUUGUGGGGUGAGUGGUGGAGAGAGUUUUGGUUGGAAGCCAGCUGUGGUUGAUUGGGGAGGCCAGUGUUGGAAAAUAAGGUGAAGUCAUUCGAUCCAUACAUAAUGAUACGAGAUGCAUACAUACGCACACGGCCAUUCAUAUCUAUCUACAGGGGUUGAGCUACCUGCUGCGCACAACAGGCACACUUCAACUGGCUACCCCUGCAAGCACCCCCCAUCCAUCCAGCUGCACAUCUCGUUGUAGUCACAUCCUCCUCCCUCACUAUCUCUCACCCAUCUCCCAUCAUGCCUCCCACCAUCUCCAUCCGACAGCUGCAUUGUGUAAGCUCCACUGCUCUCACUCUUCUUCCACACUUCUCUCACUCCUCUCCCACCUCCUCGCUACACCACGCUAGCCAGCAAAUCCUCACCAGCGCUCUCACCAUCCGUACCACCACUCCCCGCAGCACCAGCACCAGCUGCACCAGCAGCAGCAGCGUCCACCGCCUGGCGACCAGAGGACGAGAAGCGACAGUCGGGCACGGUGAUGCCCGAUGACACAUAGUCGUCCACGGCCCCGUCCAGGAAGCCCCGGCCCUCCACCGUGUCGGCGGCAAUGGGGUGGUGGAGGAGGGACGACAGGCGUGUGUAGCGCAGUGUGCGGCUCUGCUGCUCGGGGGUAUUGCGGAACGUCUGCCCCAGCACGCCGUGCACCAGAGAGGUGGUCUGUUUUGGGGGGAGAGGGGGGGGGGGGGGGGGGGUGAGGGGGAGAGGCAGGGAACGAGAAUGAGGACACCGGAACGAGAAUGAGGACACCGGAACGAGAAUGAGGACACCGGAACGAGAAUGAGGACACCGGAACGAAGGAUUGAUGGAGGGUGGGAUGGUUUUGGUCAGUGCCGCAAGCCAUGGGCAGCAACGAGCAGAAACUGAGGGGAGCAAAUUUGACAUCCGGAUUGACGCCAGUGUCAAAGUGUAUUUUUUAUAAUAUGAUUGUGUAGGCUUGGUAGUUGUGCUACAUUGCUGACUCCUACUGUAGAGGGGACAACCUCCCCUUGUAUCUCCUUCGCUUUCCUUGUGCUUCUCUCGUUUCUCUCGCCAACUUCUCUCUUUUCUCUCGCCAACUUCUCUCCUAUCUCGCUACCUAGUGUCAACUUAUACAUGUGUUGCAUGUAGAAGUUAUGGGCUAGUGUAGAUGUGUGUUCCUAAUGAGUACAACCCCAACUGGCUAUAUGUGCUGUAAUCCAGGGCUCAAAUUUGAAGGGUAUUUCACCCUGAUUGCC